AUGGUAACCAUUCGAGCCGACGAGAUUAGUAAUAUUAUCCGCGAACGUAUUGAGCAAUAUAAUAGGGAAGUAAAGAUUGUAAAUACCGGUACCGUACUUCAAGUAGGCGACGGCAUUGCUCGUAUUUAUGGUCUUGAUGAAGUAAUGGCAGGCGAAUUAGUAGAAUUUGAAGAGGGUACAAUAGGCAUUGCUCUGAAUUUGGAAUCAAAUAAUGUCGGUGUUGUAUUAAUGGGUGACGGUUUAAUGAUACAAGAGGGAAGCUCCGUAAAAGCAACAGGAAGAAUUGCUCAGAUACCUGUGAGUGAGGCUUAUUUGGGUCGUGUUAUAAAUGCCCUAGCUAAACCUAUUGACGGUCGAGGUGAAAUUUCAGCUUCUGAAUCUCGGCUAAUUGAAUCCCCCGCUCCAGGUAUUAUUUCGAGACGUUCUGUAUAUGAGCCUCUUCAAACAGGACUUAUUGCUAUUGAUUCGAUGAUCCCUAUAGGACGUGGUCAACGAGAAUUAAUUAUUGGGGAUAGACAGACCGGUAAAACAGCAGUAGCCACAGAUACAAUUCUCAAUCAACAAGGACAAAAUGUAAUAUGUGUUUAUGUAGCUAUUGGGCAAAAAGCGUCUUCUGUGGCUCAGGUAGUGACUACUUUACAGGAAAGAGGGGCAAUGGAGUACACUAUUGUGGUAGCCGAAACGGCGGAUUCUCCGGCUACAUUACAAUACCUCGCCCCUUAUACAGGAGCGGCUCUGGCUGAAUAUUUUAUGUACCGUGAACGACACACUUUAAUCAUUUAUGAUGAUCUCUCCAAACAAGCGCAGGCUUAUCGCCAAAUGUCUCUUCUAUUACGAAGACCACCUGGUCGUGAAGCUUAUCCAGGAGAUGUCUUUUAUUUGCAUUCACGCCUUUUGGAAAGAGCUGCUAAAUUAAGUUCUCGUUUAGGUGAAGGAAGUAUGACUGCUUUACCAAUAGUCGAGACCCAAUCAGGAGACGUUUCGGCUUAUAUUCCUACUAAUGUAAUUUCCAUUACAGAUGGACAAAUAUUCUUAUCCGCCGAUCUAUUCAAUGCUGGAAUCAGGCCUGCUAUUAAUGUGGGUAUUUCUGUUUCCAGAGUAGGAUCCGCAGCUCAAAUAAAAGCUAUGAAACAGGUAGCUGGUAAGUUAAAAUUGGAAUUGGCGCAAUUCGCAGAAUUAGAAGCCUUUGCGCAAUUCGCUUCUGAUCUCGAUAAAGCUACUCAGAAUCAAUUGGCAAGAGGUCAACGACUACGCGAGUUGCUCAAACAAUCCCAAUCAGCUCCUCUCACGGUAGAGGAACAAAUAAUGACUAUUUAUACCGGAACGAAUGGUUAUCUUGAUUCAUUAGAAAUCGGACAAGUAAGGAAAUUUCUCGUUGAGUUACGUACCUACUUAAAAACGAAUAAACCUCAGUUCCAAGAAAUCAUAUCUUCUACCAAAACAUUCACCGAAGAAGCAGAAACCCUUUUGAAAGAAGCUAUUCAGGAACAGAAGGAACGUUUUGUAAUUCAGGAACAAGUAUAA